AUGCCAGACAAGGGCCUUUCCGUCGCGACCUACGCGGCUGGAGCGUCGCUGGCCACCAUUGCUCUUGUCUACGUCUUUGCGCCCACAUACUUCAUCGACAGCACUCCUCACAGCUCCAGCAAUCCCCUCUCCGCCCUUACAAAUCGUAAGACGGGUGUUGUCGGUCUUGCAAAUGCCGCGAACGACUGUUUUAUCAACUCCGUUCUUCAGGCACUAGCCGGUCUCGGCGACCUCCGAAUAUAUCUCAUCCGUGAAACACACCGCCGCAAAAUUGACGACGCUGGCGUCUACACCAAUGCUGUGCCCCAUGAUGCCGAAGACUCUGGUAGCGAAGGCGGACCCGGCCGACGGCCCAUGCCUGUGUGGAAAAUCGAGGGCCUCCAGGCCGGUCUUGUCUCCAAAGGCCUCAAAGACAUGAUCGACCGGCUAAACGAGCGGCCGAUCUACAAGAAGGUCAUUACCGCCGGGCCAUUUGUUCGUGUUCUCGAGAUUGCAUUCCAGCAGCGCAUUAGUCGCCAACAGCAGGAUGCGCAAGAGUUCCUGCAGGUCGUGGCCGAGCGCUUGUGCGAUGAAUACCAUGCAGGGCGGCGGGCGCGUCGGUAUGCGAGACAGCAAGCGGAGAGAGGGGUCUCUACAGGCGCACCUGUGCUGGGGGCGACCGGUGCGAAUGUGGCAGGGCCUUCUGAUGUGCUGAACAGCAACGCCGUCAACGAGAAGCUGGCCAGCAUCGCCUCCGCCUCGGGAGGUGUCCAAGACUCACUAUCAAGGCACGAAACCAAACGGAGUGAACUGGGCACCGGUGCCGAGAACGACGACACCAGAAGUGAAGAGGAAGGCUUCCCCAUGGAGGGCAAGAUUGAGUCUCAGAUUGAAUGUCUCACCUGUGGUUUUAAGCCGCGGCCUUCUGAACAGGCAUUUUGCACGUUGACGCUUAACGUGCCGCAGACCUCGUCCACUUCGCUCAGUGCUUGUUUUGACUCCAUGCUGAAGACGGAGUACAUUGACGAGUUCAAAUGCGAAAAGUGCAGGCUUGUCCAUGCAAAACAGAUGUUCGAGGCCGAGCUUGCCAAGUCCGGUUCGGAGUCAUACCGUAACGAGGCAAAGCAGGCUAUUGAGACGCUCCAGCAGGCCAUCGACACCGACCCGGAACGGCCGCCGUCUGAUAUCGCCCUACCCGAUGCCCGUUAUGCCCCUAAACGGCGUAUUGCCAGACAUUUCCGCCUCGUCAACUUUCCAAAGGUGCUCGCCAUCCACCUCUCACGCUCGAUCUACGACUCAUCCAACCAGUCACAGAAGAACUCGGCCAAAGUUUCCUUUCCCGAGCGUCUUCCUCUGGGCAGCAUUUUAAACCAGCGCAAAUACAAGUUGAUCAGCGUCGUAAUGCACAAGGGAAGCCACCAUAGUGGUCACUAUGAAUCAUUCCGGCGACAAACAGUUGCCCCGCCCUACUCGAACCCGAACACGUUCCAGCCUUCUCAGAUCUACUCGCCAUCCAGUAGCCCUGCGGCGACGACACCAAAAAUCGGUUCUUCAGAUGCUUCGCUUGGCAUCAGCUCGCCAUCAUCGGCUCAACUAGUGGACAAUGGUAGUCCGGUCUCUUCUACGGCAGAACUGCCCCAAUCAGCAGCCGUCGAAACGAACGGCAGUCACAUACCACACGACCAGCUGAAUUUUCUACCCCCCAAAACAAAUGCUGCAAUUGGUAGGACACCGCGACCUUCAAGCUUGCGCGAACGCUCGUCGUCAUCAAGCGCUUUGCCACCGGCCCCUACCUCGGCUCCUCGUGCACUUGCCAAGGAAGAAGACAGUAAUGGUAGCAGCAACAAUAAUGAUUCGGCCGGAGAAACGGCAAGCCUGCGGUCCAUCACUCGAUCGACCCUCUCCAGAAUCACGUCUUCGUCUCGAAACGAAAGUCGCGCUAGCAGCCGUGCUGGGAGUCGCAGUCGAAGCCGUAAUGGGAGACUCACCGGGCGUCUCGCGCUGCGCCCCGGGAGCAAGGAUGGCUCUGCAACAACCAAUGGUGUCACCAGUAGCGGUAACGGCGCGGCUAGCAAAGGGAAAACACCUUCGACAGCAUCCAACCCUGUGCUCCAGCCUCGACCUAAAAAGAAGAAGUCGCCGGACCGAUGGUGGCGGAUCAGUGACGAGAAAGUGCGUGAGGCCAGCACGAAAGAGGUUCUUGGCAUGCAGCGUGAGGUAUACCUACUCUUCUACGAACUGGAACGGGACGCUUACAUGGGCUGA